AAUAAAGAGACAAUUCUUCCUCUAUCCCAUGUUUGUCUAGACAGCUCUUCAGCCAUAGACCCUUCACCCACCCAGUAGAAAAACUAAUACAUGUAUCAGAGUAGCAGUAGCAGUUGGCCUCGGAACUCGAGUUUUUAAACCACAAUGGCUUCUCCUUCUUCCUCUGGUUCAAAGUUCUUGUAGCACGGCGAUAAUCUCAUUCUUCUUCUCAAGAUUUUCUUGGAUUUGUGGGGUAGAAAGCAUCUAAGUUGAAAAAAAUCUUUACGACCCAAUCUCACUGUGUGCACAGGAAGGAAGAUUAGAUAUGCAGACUCCUAAAGCAAGAAAAACUUUUACUGGAGCACCACAAAAGACCUCUCCUCGAUCUAUUUCCUCUGAAGUUCCUCAUAGGACCUCUCCUCGAGUUGGUUCCUCGGAAGUGUCCCGGAAGAUUUCUCCUCAAGUUGUGCGCCAGCUGAAGACAGCUGCACGAGAUUCAGAUCAAGCUGCUGCUUCUUCGAAUCUGUCAAGUAGGGUGCCAAAAGAGAGAAGUCCUAAAGUUGCCGAUCACAAGCUAUCCAAAAGCCCAGUGUCCGAGAAGAAGCGUCCAAGCAAGGUUGCUGAACUUGAACAUCAGAUAUCUCAGCUUGAGAAUGAUCUAAAAACUGUCAAGGAUCAGCUAUUCUCUUCAGAAGCAUCAAAGAAACAAGCGCUGAAAGAUGCAGAGGAAUCGAACCAGCAGCUUUUGGCCCUAUCAUCAGAGCUCGAAGAGUCCCAGAAGCAACUUUUGGAGCAGUUGAACUCUGAGAAAGGCCAUAUAAUUGAGAUUUGUAAGAAUUCUGAAGAACUACAAUCUGAACUUGAUGCUAUCAAAAAGGAUCAGUCAGUGGAUUCAACUGCAUUAACCUCUGCCCUUAAUGAGAUCGAGCAGCUUAAAGUGCACCUUGAAAUGGUUGCAGAAUCUGAAGCUACCCAGACGAAGAACUCAGAAUUAGCACAGAGUGAGCUCCAUAAGCUAAAAGAGAACCUCAGCGAAACUCUUUCAAUUGUGGAAGAUAUGAACAAACAGCUAAGAGACUGCAAAGAAUCAGAAGUUCGUGCCCAAGUACUUGUAGGCGAAACACUAAUGCAACUGGAAACAGCAAAAAAGACUGUGGAGAGCCUUAGUUCGGAUGGAUUCAAGGCCAUUGAAACAUAUGAUGCUAUUGCUUCUGAGUUGAGCCAGUCAAAAGCUCGCAUUACCUUUCUGGAAGAGCUUGUUAGCAAACUCAAGUCCGGUAUCAGUGAUUCUCUAAACGACAACAAUAGUAAAACUGAGAACGAAAAUACUGAAGAAUCCAGUGAAGCAGAGGUUAUUUCUAUGAAACUUGAAGUUGAACGAUUAAGACAUGCUAUAGAAGCAGCUGAAAUAAAAUACAAUGAAGAGCAAUCUCGACGUGCAGUACAGAAUAGAAGUGUUUAUGAAUUGAUGGAACAGAUAAAGUCCAUAUCAAGCCAGAGAGAGACUGAGCUUGAGUCUAAGCUACGCCGAUCCGAAGAUGAAAUUGAGGAGUUGAAGGCAAACCUGAUGGACAAGGAAACUGAAUUACAAGGUAUCUGUGACGAAAAUGAGCAGCUUACAAUUAGGCUUGAAAGUUCGAUGUCAGACCAGCGAGAAUAUGAAGUGGAAAAGGAGCUUCAGAAAUCAAAGAAUGACAUGGAGAAUUUGAGAGCCAAUUUGAUGGAUAAAGAAACAGAGUUGCAAUAUGUAAUGGAGGAGAAUGAAACAUUGAAGUUGAAGAUCACGGAAAUCAACAUGGGUAACCUAAGUGAUGAAGUUGUGUCUGAAGUAGAGGCAGCAAGGUGUGCAGAGCAGGAGGCUCUUAUGAAGGUUGGGUACAUGACAGAGGAAGUCGAGAAGAGUAACAAGAGGACCGCUAGAAUGGCUGAGCAGCUGGAAGCAGCUCAGGCAACCAAUGCAGAAAUGGAAACCGAGUUAAGGAGGCUAAAGGUUCAGUCUGAUCAGUGGAGGAAGGCUGCAGAGGCCGCUGCUGCCAUGCUUUCCGUCGGAAAUAAUGGGAAGCUUAUGGAAAGAUCCGGAUCAAUGGACAGCAACUAUAGCCCUAGGACGGGAAAGAUAGGUUCGCCUUAUGCAGACGAUGUUGGCGAAGAUAUUCUGAAGAAGAAAAAUGCCAACAUGCUUAGAAAGCUCGUCUUGUGGAAGAAGCCACAGAAAUAGAAGCGGAGAUCACAAAUGACGUAUGUUCUUUAGUUACUACUACUUGGAGUCCCUUAUCAUUAAGAUUCCUCAAUACUAUUCGAAGCGCUUGGUUGUUUAAAUACAACCUUUGCUGUUUGCCAAUCUCUUACCUAUCUUUCUUUAUAAUGUCAGCACAUUUUGCUCGUCACAACUAAGAAUCUUGGUUGCUUCAUUUGCAAACCUGAUAUUGCUAUUCUAUGUAUGAUAGUAAUUUCUAUGGCAUUAUAAUUUUUAUUUGCUUUUUUCUUGUCGAA